CGUAAAAAAUGUGUAAAUAAAGUGUAAAUACUGAAAAAUAACCAUGGAAAUUGUGUAGAAAUGAAAACCCUGUGAUUUUUACAGAUUAAAAUGUAUCCAUCAAAAAGCAUGGUCGACUAUAUGACUGAAAUGAAUCGGUUAUUUCCGAGGCCUGACAAUGAUCUGCAACUGAAUGCUUACGGGAUGGCCUCUCAGUCACCAUUCAACUCAACGAUCAACCGAUCGUCAAGCUCAGCCGAUUCUAUGUCACCGGAUUCAUUCCCCGAAAUAACGACAUUCAGACCUGAACUGCCUACUAGAUUGUCUGACAUACCCAGGCCAAUGUUCUCACCACCCCAAGCGUACGAAUGCCAGAGACAGGUGUAUGAAACACCGAAGAUGUCCGAAGCUCCGUUCAUGUUGAGACGUCAACGUCCUAUUGUUGGCCGUAAAAUUUUAUCCCCUGAAGCAACACCGACUGAGAGAGUUCAAGCACCCCCAAAACUGCCUGAGGAGUCGGCAACAACAAUAUGGCAAGAAGAGCCAAUAUUACUCCAACAAACUCCACCAAACAAAUUCUUUAUAGAACACAAGAACUACACGCAGAAUGUUUUCUACGAGUUAUUUCCGGUUGAAAAUAGAGGAUUUGAGUUCAAGACUCCGGUCAAAACGUCUCCUCCGAGCUAUGAGAGUAUGUCGGUGUCAAAUGUUUCGCCGAUGUCCAUAUCGCCCAAUUCUGUCUCCCGUUCGCCUGUUACGCCUCGCAUGAUGAUGAGUCGAUCGCCGUCAGUUACGUCAAACAGUGGCCCGAAUAGUAGGCCAAGCUCGUCGAGGUUCCACCAAGAGUCGAAGUGUUGUACGUUCUGCCGUAAGAAUGGGGAGACGCCAAUAGUUUACAUGACACACUCUGUGAAGGAGAGAAUUGGGAACAAGUACAUUGUAUCCUGUCCGAUUUUGAGGUCACAUGUAUGCUCUACCUGUGGGGCGUCUGGAGACAAUGCACAUACCAUCACAUACUGCCCGGUCCUGAGAAGCAACAACAACGGCCUGCCCCUGCAGUCCACGACCAUUACCCUGAAGAAUACCCGCAUCAAAAGCAAUGGUAGGAGGCGCUUUUAGACUCACAUACCCUAAUAAUACUAGAGGCCUUAUUACAUUAAACGAUUCACCAUCGGGACCACACCUUUCAUAUAAAACACCUCGUCUUACUGACGUCUUAUUGACGUUAUAUAGUACUCCAGCAUCUGUGUGUAUGACGACUGACGCCAUUAUCAUUGAAGAAAGUAACACCGAGGGACGUGAGGUGAACCUAGCCCAGCCGAAGAGUUACCGUUCUAUACGUAGUAUUAUU